AUUUGGUGUCACGACUUGACUGUCUGUUGUCACUAGCAGCUUCACCGUCCUCCCACAACACAACACUGUGUCCAUACUACAACACAAUGGGGUUGUAAAGUCAUACUGUAGCAUCUUCUAUUAGAAACCCAUUCCGUUUAUGGAUUUAAUGAUGAUGAAGAAGAAGAAAUUCAAGUUUAAGGUGGAUUUUGAGCUGGAUGAGCUGUCGUCUGUCCCCUUUGUGAACGGUGUCCUCUUCUGUAAAGUCAGGCUGCUGGACGGAGGGUUCUCCGAGGAGUCUUCACGGGAGCCGGUGCAGGCCAACUGUGUGCGAUGGAGGAAACGGUUGUCUUUCCCAUGCAAGAUGAGUGCCAAUGCAGGGACCGGCGUACUGGACCCCUGUGUGUGCCGGGUCUCGGUCAGAAAGGAGCUGAAAGGUGGGAAGGCAUAUGCAAAGCUCGGUUUUGCAGAUCUGAAUUUAGCAGAGUUUGCCGGCUCAGGAAACACAACCCGCAGAUGUCUGCUGGAAGGCUACGAUACCAAAAAUACCCGCCAGGAUAACUCCAUUCUCAAGGUUAUCAUCAGUACGCAGCUCAUGUCAGGAGAUCCCUGUUUUAAAACGCCUCCCUCUACAGCCACAGUGAUCGGCAUCCAGGGGGAUGGAGAGAGCCUGCUGGAGGAGAGGAGAGGAGGAGACUCACAGAAAGGCUGUUCUGCAGAGAGUCGAGAAGGGAAGUGUCCUGUUGUUUCUGAUGAACUCGGGGGCUGCGGCCACUCCCGGACGUCCAGCUAUGCCAGUCAACAGUCCAAACUUUCAGGUUACAGUACAGGUCACUCCCGUUCCUCCAGCAUGUCAGAGUUCAGCCACCGGAGAAACCACUCAGUCGGGAGCGCCUCAACUGGCAUCGGCAGCAUCCCAGAGCCCAGUGAGGAGCGAGAGUCCAGACCCUGCCCUGCUCUACCUGAACACCCUGUCCCCACUGCCACCACUAGCAACCCAGUCGGUACAGCAGUACAGAGUGCCUCAUCCUGUGAACGACUCAACAGACAUCCAGUAAAGCAGGACUCCAUGGAGUCGCAGCUAAAGAGAAUGGAUGACACGCGGGUGGAUGCAGACGACGUUGUGGAAAAGAUUCUCCAGAGUCAAGACUUUACACCAAGUCUACUGGACUCCAGUGCUGAAGAGGAAGGCCUGCGUCUGUUUGUUGGCCCGGGUGGAAGUACAGCCCUCGGCAGCCAUCACCUUCCUACGAGGGUUGGAGCUGGAGCGUACGAGCAGGUCGUGAUAAAGCGUUAAACCUGCAGCCUCUCAGAGCCGGACUGACACCGCUUGCAUUAAACAGACUUGGUGUCGGGUUGAAUCUGCAUUCCUACAGCACACGAGUUACCUGAUCAGCACUGUGUCCUCCCUGAUCACUCUACGAAUGGUUGACAUUUGAGCAGUUCCGCCCUGUGUUCAUUUUUGAAACUGUAGCUUUGUAACAAGUUUUAAAGAUCAAGGAGGUAGACGGCUGUCAUUUCAUUGUACGGUAAAUGUACAGGUUUUAAAUAUGAGAAAAGAAAGCUUUAUCAGAUUCUUCAAAACACAAAACUGAAACUAUCUGCUCCUUCAUUUUUGAGUGUAGAUUACAGUCAUCUUUGGAGAUCAACUGAUCACUCAUAAAUCAAAAUCCAAGCCAAUUUAAUUUGAGGAACUGGAUAAAGCUUUCUCUUUAACGGAGGACACCGGAGUGUGCAUCAUCAGAACAAUCUGAUACACUGAAGAGGAGUAUGUGCUUCUUUCAAAACAUUCCUUUUGUCUGUGUGUGUUUGGACUUCCUUGUUAAAUAGGAUUUUUUUAUAUUAGCCUAUAAGCUGCUAAAAAGCUGUAGUUGCUGGCACUCUGCCAACUGCAGUGUUGGAGAUGAGACUAUUUUACUAUGAAGAGGAGGCAUCAGAGUCAAGCUGUUUGAGGUGUGAAUGUAGACUGUGUGAGUGUGUCUUUUGUGUGUAAGACAACUGUUAGUAGUAACAGCUCUCCUGUUGUCUGGGCUAUGUGAAGGAAUGCGACACAAUCUCUUGUAGGAAAUGCUAUAUUGGUACUUACACAAAGAAAUCAGCAAACAAGCUUUGCUAAAUUGUGAUAAGAGACGUUUUUCAGAUUUCUUUGGCACACCGCUGACAGAGGAUUGUUCUUACAGAGGUAAUCCACUCCACACUGAACACCACGUCAUUAUAUGAUCAAGUGCAACAUUUUUCCUCACUAUGUAAUCAAACAGGCUUUGAAACUUGCAACUGUUACAGAAAAGCUUAAUGAAACAAAACCACAGUAACUACCGUUUGGCUUUGUAGACCUUACUUAGGUUCAAGCUGUCACUGAUGAGGUGCAUUUCCACCAAGAGUUCCGGGGUCUUAGCCCCCAGAACUACUUACCCCGGAACUAAAGGUUCCCGUGCCCCCAUUGUUGUCUGCGUUUCGACUUCGGGCUGAAGUCCCGGGUAGAUUGUGCGAAUCAGGCCUAUGACGUAUGGAAAAAAAAAAUUAUAUUAAAUAUUUUGAAAUCUUAAUAAAAAACUAAACUAGUAUGCAUUCCCAGGAACUCCGUGUUUCAACAACUGUGUAAACUCCACAAACACUGUUACGUUCAACCAAAAGUCCCAGGACCUUUGAAAAGUACUACCCCCUAAGCAGGGGCUUUUCAGGGGGGAGAUUAUCUACCCCUGAACUAAAUUUAGACCCUGGUUCCUCUGGUUGAAAUGCACGUAGUUCCGGGGUAAAGUUCCUGCGGUCGAAAAACGCCAAUGCAUUCACUGAACUCUGACAGCCACUCUGACAGCCAAAGUAAAUGUAAUACAAAGUGAACUAUUAUAUCAGUUUCAGUUUUUUACUAAUAAUGUACAGACAGCUAUGAAACAAAACAGAUCUAUUAGAACAAAUGUUAUUUUCUAAAGUAGUUUAAAAGGACAAGAAGGCUGAGCAGAUACAUUUAGAGGUACAUACUAUGAUUUCCCCUCAAAUUCCACCAAUAUUAUCCAAAUGCAGUCAGUGCAGCCUUGAUUUUUAGGCUCUUUCUUUCUUUUGUACUCUGUAAAUCCUUUGACGCUUACAUAAAAUAUUCAGCCUAAAAUCUAAAAAUGAAGGUUUCCCGUGUGUCAGUGUAAGCAGCCUGCUCUGCACAACCCUUUCCCUUGAAGUUACCGCUCUUGUAGGAUAACGCUCUCUGCCUCAUAGGUCAGUAAGAAACCAAAUAUAAAAGGGGCUUCUGUGAUAAAUAUCAAUGUAGGACACAAUGUAUAUCUAAAGCCCAGCAUUUAAGCUACAGAUAUAUUGUAUACCCGUGCUUUGCAACAACUACAUCCAAGCUGGCCUGUUGACCGGGACGCUUAAAUCAGAGAACAAAUGGAAGAUACUGUGACGUAUCAACUAUUUCAUCCUCGUACGACUGAUGCAUACUGUAGUUUGUAAAGUGAAGGACUAGCUAGGUGAUCCACUGCCAUGAUGAAAAUGCUUCACAGCAUCUGUCUUAAAAAUGCGCAGAGUGAUAGUUUUGUGUGUGUGGGUGUGUGUGUGUGUAUCUCCUUAAAGCUUCUAAACUGCUAGACUUAAAUACAGUUUUAUAACCAGUCGAAUAUAAAAUGCAAUCCGUACGAGAUCAAUGACCUCUGCAGACAGAAAUCUAUCCAAACAAUAAUAUUAAUCUGAAACCCUGUUAGUGUCCAGCAUGUUGAGGAUUUGAAUUUGUAGCAUUAUAAGAGAUUAAGUGCACAAUUAAUUCAUCCAAUAUCAGACUAGCCAAAGUACACAACACGCUGUUAUUACCAGGGACCCUGUCAGGCCUAUGCAUAAGGAGAAAAGUAGACACAUUGAACUAGUGAAAACAGACAGUGCAGUAUCUGUAAUCUUCUGUCUCCAGUCAUAAGCCAUAGUAGAAGGUAGGAUACUUCUUUAAUUUAGAUACAUGUCAAAUCAGUAUCUACACAAACAUCAGUGUAUGGUGUUUUAACUAUAUGUCAGUGUUCUCUGUUUUAAUGUUCCUAUGUUCUGCAUGAUGAAGUUGUCCUUUUGUUAGCUUGCAGAAUUUUACAUCUUCCUGUUUUAUUUAAUACUGUGCCAUCUUUUUAAUCUGAAUGUUUCCACAUCCAAGGAAUAUUUUUUUAUGUUAGCCUACUUAGCGGGCAAAAAGAGAAACCAUCCCGUUCUUGAGACCCAAUGUUGAAAUAGAUAUCUGCACAGUAUUUGCUGUGUACUCAUUUGUGUUAUUAUUUCCGGCAUGGUUUUGAACAUUCAGUGUUGAAGUUAACAUCGAAACGAUGUCAGCAUCUGUAUUUUGGAAUCUUUCAUUGCUAAUAUUGUGCCAUAUUUUUGCUAAAUAUUUCAUUGUUUAAGUGGGGAAACGUGUUCUCACUACAUAGUAAAGUGUUAAAUGUAUGAUUUAUGGCAAUUGAAUAUCAACUCUUCAAGCUUUGUUUUUGUGUGUUUUAAGGAUUAAAAUCACUUGUGUUUAACCUGUGGAGCACAGGUAUGUUCAUCUCGGUACCUAACAUGUUGUUACAAACAUGGUUCUUUCUUCUCUUCUGUGAAGCUGUUGUCGAUAUAAAACUGUAAAAUGUAUUCGCCUGUAAAGUGUUGUUCUGUGCUGUUCUGGCACUGUCCAGUGUUUCCUGUUACAGACCUUUACUUUGACCAACAUUUGCUUCCUUAUCAAGUGUACUGGAUGCUUCAGAUGUGUACCUUGCACUGUUGAAUAAAACUGUUAAAAUGA